UCGAUUCCAUACACUUGAUUGCUGUCUUUUUAUCAGACGAAGCUUCCUUUUUUAAUUUGGAGCGAUUCCCUAAAUCAUCAUUGCCAGCCAUGGCAAGCCCAACUGGCUUCUCGAUAAAUGUCAACGAUCCCAGCUUGAUCUCCCUGGUCAAUAAGCUGCAGGAUGUCUUCGCUACUGUCGGAGUUCACAACCCCAUCGACCUGCCUCAAAUCGCCGUCGUCGGUUCGCAGUCUAGCGGAAAGAGUUCCGUCUUGGAGAAUAUCGUUGGCCGCGAUUUCCUGCCCCGUGGUUCCGGAAUUGUCACUCGCAGACCCCUCAUUCUGCAACUGAUCAACAAGCCCGCUGCCAACGCACAGACCAACAGUGUGAAGGAAGAAGAGUUGGAAGGCACGGAUAAGGAGGCAAACGUGGACGAGUACGGCGAGUUCCUGCACAUUCCCGGCCAAAAGUUCUACGACUUCAACAAGAUCCGCGAUGAAAUCGUGCGCGAAACCGAACAGAAAGUUGGCCGCAAUGCCGGCAUCUCGCCCGCCCCGAUCAACCUCCGCAUCUACUCGCCCAACGUUUUGACGCUGACGCUGGUUGACUUGCCCGGUUUGACCAAGGUGCCGGUGGGUGAUCAGCCCAAGGACAUCGAGAAGCAGAUUCGGGACAUGGUCAUGAAGUAUAUCAGCAAGCCCAAUGCUAUCAUCCUUGCUGUCACUUCCGCUAACCAGGAUUUGGCCAAUUCGGAUGGCUUGAAGCUGGCGCGCGAGGUGGAUCCCGAGGGUCAGCGCACCAUCGGUGUCUUGACCAAGGUGGAUCUGAUGGACGAGGGCACCGAUGUCGUGGAUAUUCUUGCGGGCAGGAUUAUCCCCUUGCGCCUGGGUUAUGUGCCGGUGGUCAACCGCGGUCAGCGCGAUAUUGAGAACAAGAAGCCCAUUGCGUAUGCGCUGGAGAACGAGAAGAACUUUUUCGAGAACCACAAGGCUUAUCGCAACAAGUCGUCAUACUGUGGAACGCCCUAUCUUGCCAGGAAGUUGAACUUGAUCCUCAUGAUGCACAUCAAGCAAACGCUUCCCGACAUCAAGGCCCGCAUCUCGUCCUCUCUCCAGAAAUACUCUUCCGAACUUUCGCAGCUUGGCGACUCGAUGCUCGGCAACAGCGCUAACAUCAUACUGAACAUUAUCACCGAGUUCAGCAAUGAGUACCGCACUGUGCUGGAGGGUAACAACACCGAACUUUCGAGUAUUGAGCUGUCCGGAGGUGCCCGUAUCAGCUUCGUGUUCCACGAGCUCUACUCGAACGGUGUCAAGGCAGUCGAUCCUUUUGAUCAGGUGAAGGACAUUGAUAUCCGUACUAUUCUCUACAACUCCUCCGGAUCGUCACCAGCUCUCUUCGUUGGCACGACCGCUUUCGAACUGAUUGUGAAGCAACAGAUCAAGCGACUGGAGGAUCCUAGCUUGAAGUGUAUUUCCCUGGUGUACGACGAACUCGUCCGCAUUCUUGGUCAGCUUUUGAACAAGCAGCUCUUCCGGAGGUAUCCUAUGCUAAAGGAGAAGUUCCAUGCCGUGGUCAUUGGAUUCUUUAAGAAGUGCAUGGAGCCGACUAACAAAUUGGUUCGGGAUCUUAUCGCUAUGGAGACGGUUUACAUUAAUACUGGCCACCCUGACUUCCUUAACGGACACCGCGCCAUGGCUAUUGUCAACGAACGUCAACUUGGAAGCAAGCCUACGCAAGUAGACCCCAAGACCGGCAAGCCUCUCCCUCCGCGGGCCAACAGCCCUUCGGUCGAGACCCCUACCGACACCGGCAGCUCUGGGUUCUUCGGCAGCUUCUGGGCCUCGAAGAACAAGAAGAAGAUGGCUGCUAUGGAGCCGCCACCGCCCACUCUGAAGGCCUCUGCCGCCCUGUCCGAGCGGGAGAGCAGUGAAGUUGAAGUUAUCAAGCUGCUCAUCACAUCUUACUUCAACAUUGUCAAGCGCACCAUGAUCGAUAUGGUUCCCAAGGCCAUCAUGUACACCCUCGUCCAAUUCACCAAGGAUGAGAUGCAGCGCGAGCUCCUGGAGAUGAUGUACCGCAACAACGAGUUGGAUGAACUCCUCAAGGAGAGCGACUACACCAUCCGCCGGCGGAAAGAGUGCCAGCAAAUGGUGGAGAGCCUAUCCCGCGCUAGCGAGAUUGUCAGCCAGGUCCAGUGAGUCCCAGAGUUGGAUGGUUGAUUUCACAUUCAUACACCCGGUUGCUUUCUGUUGUCCUGGUAGCCAGCCUUUUUGGAGGGGCUCAGUCUCUUGCGGGGAGUUGAUGAUGCCUUACGUUUAUAUUUUCUUCUGAUGCAAGAAUUCCACGGCCGCAUGGUGGAUGAACGGUUGCCAAGAUUUGACGAAUUUGUAUCGCCUAAUGACUGCGGAUGAUUGCGGCUUGUUUAGAAUUGAGACUAUUUUGCAGAUUAGCAGUUGCAAUGUACAGUAACUCAAGAGGAGAACCCGUACUGUUCAGGCUUGAUGUUUAGAAGCAUGCUCGCUCAGGAUGGGUAGCAGCUCUACCUACAAUGGUCACAGGCUGAAGCUUAUUAGUGGAUGAUUAUAGUAGUACUUCUACGACUGCCUUGACAU